AUGUCCGGUUUCCCUAAACAGGCCCUGGUUGACUACGAGCUGACGAAGGGAUCAACUACCCAGGCAAACCCCGCCUGUAACAAUAGUGGUACAACGUCAGUUCCUGCUGCAAAUUCUUCCGGUAUUGGCAAUUGGACCAUUGCGAAGCAGCUCAUCUCAGCCGUGCCGCACCUCGAAAAUCAUCUUCCUGGGAUUGUGACGCGAAAUGUCAAUGACAUAUCGCUGCUAGCAAUUGGGUCAUAUGUCAUCAUGCAACGCUCGCAGGGCCGCUAUCUCGGCCAAGUGGUCUGUAUGUACAAGAAGAAUGGUGGCGGUAAAGGCACUCGACACGAGAGUGUUCUCCUUGCUGGUAGCAAAGAUGUUCCUUCAUUGACGAACAUAGGACUACGUGUUUUUAUUCAGACACAUCCCGAAGAACAUGAAAACUCUUUUUGGCACCACAGUAAGUCUACAGGACACUUAUGGACACUUGCCAGUAUCAAGGAGCUUGUCUACAAUCUCGGAACAACUGCGCUGAGUGUCUCAGAGGGCCGGUAUCACGCUAUGAAACCAUGGGCCUUUGAACGGUGGGAAGCAGCUGGGAUGGUGGCAGUGCGCGAGAUUCUUGCGUUGCAGUUCGUGGUACGGUCUCGCAAGAGGCAGAACCGUGGGUUUGCCUAGGUACUUCAGUAGCACGGUGAUAUGUUUCGGAAAAUUUCCUUUUUGGGUAUGUUUUGGCUACCAUGCAUGUCCG